AUGAACGUUUUCCUUGGAUAUCAAAUUUUCUUACCCAUACUGAUUUCAUCAUUUACAACUUUUGCACAAUUUAUGAAUUUCGAAACAGCUGGAAGUGUUGAAAAUGCGAUGAACAUAGCGGAACAUCAACAAAGGUAUUAUCCGUUUAUACCUUAUUGGCAAAUGACUGAUAAGAUUAAAAUUAACAACAUGGACAUUCCCGUUGAUCACAUGAAGAGAGGUAUGACUGCGAGAGAGCUGCUCUAUUUAGCGGUACGUAGAAAUGAUAUCAAAAAACGAGUAGCCUUCGGUCAAACAAACAGUAAAGCAAAUUUUGUUCGACAUUACGAUGCUUCAGCAAAUAUCGAUACCGGUAAUGAUUAUGACAGACAAUUUGCAUUUCGGCUGUUAGCUUUAAAUGGUGCCCGUGGAUUUGGAAAAUGA